UCGCAGCGCGUUGUGGGAGCUGCGAUUCCAUUCCACUCCGGCUGCUGAUAGAUUCGAGGCGCACGCGAUGAGCAACGAUGCGGCCAGCAGCUCCGCCGGCGCCUCCGCCAAGCCAUCACGCAAGCCGAAAUAUUCUAAGUUUACACAGCAAGAGCUUCCCGCUUGCAAGCCUCUUUUGACCCCUGGCUGGGUAAUCGCUAUUUUGAUGCUCGUCGGCGCCAUUUUUAUUCCCAUUGGAGCCAUUGCGUUGCUUGCGUCCAACAGCGUCGUGGAGAUCGUCGAGCAGUACGAAACCUCUUGUCUUCCGGCUAAUAUCACAACUAAGGAGGCAAGGAUACGAUAUAUCCAGGACGAUACUAUUAAUAAAUCCUGCCCGGUGACACUCACCGUUCCAAAGAAGAUGAACAACCCCGUCUAUGUGUACUAUCAGCUCGAUCACUACUAUCAAAACCACCGAAGGUAUGUGAAGAGUAGAAGUGACAAGCAGCUCUUGGAUGGAGCCAGCACCUCCAACAGCGAUCUGGAUAGCUGCAAGCCGCUAAAGCAGUUCAACAACACGCCUAUCAUCCCGUGCGGCCUCAUCGCGUGGAGUCUUUUCAACGACACUUACGAAUUCCGCCGCCAGAACAGUGCGCCAAUCCCCGUCAACAAGCGCGGCAUCUCCUGGAAGAGUGACCGCGAUCACAAGUUUGGGAGCACGGUAUUUCCCUCGAACUUUCCCAACAAUCUAAACAGGAACGAGAGCAACAGCGCGUUCAUCGGAGGAGCUGGACUAAACGUUUCACAGCCAUUAAGCGAGGCCGAGGACUUGAUCGUGUGGAUGAGAUCCGCGGCGUUACCAACGUUUCGAAAGCUGUGGGGAAAAAUCGAGACAGAUCUCCAGGCCGGAGAGAUUAUAAGCGUAAACAUCGCGAACGUUUACAACACUUACGAGUUUGGCGGCAAGAAGAAGCUCGUCCUCUCUACGACAAGCUGGCUCGGUGGCAAGAACAACUUCUUGGGGAUUGCUUAUCUCACAGUCGGUGUUCUCUGCAUCUUUCUCGCGAUCGUCUUCUUCCUCAUUCACUACAAGACUCCCAGGCCUCUUGGAGAUACCUCCUACUUGUCCUGGAACAGGAAAGGUAAUGUUAAUGGCCUGUCAUAGAGAACGAGCUUUUUGUUUCUUUGGAAUGCCUUAUUAUAUCUUCCAUGCACUGUCCAUACUGUAAAUCGACCUUGUAUUGAAGAGAAACAAAGAAUGGUUAUCGCAAAAUAAGCGAAGUUCUGAGAA